GUUGGUCUUCGUACUUUGUUCCUCUAAGCUCAUCGAACAUCUGCUAGGGAGGAACCGUUUCGUAUUCAGACUCAGCAAAUCGGCUUCCGCCGUCUGUGGCGGCGAAGAUCGCAAGGGUUUUAGAGUGGAGGGGGAAGAUUCAAGAGGCAUGUGAAAUGUAAUAAGAUAUAUGAAGCAAAUCUGUCGCAUCGAGGCAAGAUCUGAUUUUAAUUUUAUUGAAAUUGAAGUUAAUUAUAAUCAAUCAAUCAAGUAUAAACUCUACAGUACGUAAGUGUGGUGAAGUCGAAGAUGUCUGAAAUAAACCCUUCAGUAUUGCCUCAGGAGACUCAACAAAUGUAUCACCAAGCACAUAUAUAUGUAGGCGAAAAAAAUAAAUUAGAGGAUGCUAGUGAUAAACAAGUUAUUAGUGACAAAUCAAUGAUCGAAUCCUAUGAGAUCGUGUACGGCUUGGGUAAUCAAGUUGCCAAAGAAGGGGAUCAGGUCAGAAUCAAGUUUCAACAUCUAAGUGAGAGUGGUGGCGUUGAAUUUGAAAAGGGCCCUCUGGUUCUGACUUUGGGGAAGAAACAAUAUGGUCGAGGAUUUGAUGAUGGGAUUCGCGGAAUGAAAGUGGAGGGAUUCAGAGAACUCAGAAUCCAACCAGAUCUUUGUCCAACGAGCUUUCAUCUGAGACUUCUGAAGAAAAUCAUUGGGAUGCGCAUGCGCUCGAAGAAUAAAAAGAUAUUUCGUGUGGCGCUUUUGGCCAUCUUGGAACGCAAGCCUCUCACUUGAACUCAGUAGAAGAAGCAAGAGCAGAUAAAUGCCAAUUAAGAACCUUAUGAGAAAAUUAAUGCCAAAUCAAGAAUUUUAGCAUUGAAACAUGAGAAAAAGGAAUAUUGAAUUUGGAAACGUUAGUAUUGAAGACAUCCUAAUUUGACAUUAAUAUUUUUAUGGGGUCCUUGCUUGUCAUUCUCUUGAGAUUUUAUGUUGUACAAAAUAGAUGGAUUUCAAUUUUUGAGGAUUUGUUCAAAUUGAGGAUUUGUUCCUAUAUAGUGAAGGCGCAAUGUAGUAAAGAGACUUCUUAACCAUAUGUACAUUAAUCUUGUAUGGUUUGUUGUUAUCUAGAGUAAAAACUCUGGAUGGAUAUUGCUUCUAUAGCAAAAUCUGAAAUAAAUUGCAGAAAACUUUUGCUCAA